UUGUAUGUCAUAUUGUUUUGGGUGGGUAACACGUAAGGAAAUGUAUUUGACACAACAUACCUGACUUGCGGUCCAUACUCUUUAACCGCAGUAAUGGCGACGAACGGUGGAACCGCCAGGGAUGCUGCCGCCGCUCGACGGCGGCGUAUAGCGGAGAAAGGAGCGGAGCGUUUGGCUCUCAUCACCGGCCGUGUUCAGUCUAUAUCACCAUCACCUUCAUUACCUCCUCCUGUAGCUCAAUCGGAACCCUCAUCUACACCUCCGUGCCCUACUUCCGUUUCCGAUCAACUACCGAUCUCCGAUGAAAACACAGUUCCCCUUUUAAACACAGAGACUGCUGGUGAUGAUGUGGUGAGUGAUGUCCGAUCACCCAUCGACAACUCCGAGACAAUAACCGAAACCUCUGCACAAACAUCUUCCAAACCAGAAACUUUAACAGAACAAACUCCACUAAUACCUACCUCAAACAAAUCAAAAAACCCCGUAUCACAAACCCAAACCCAAACCCGUCAUCACAAAACAUUCAGCCCUAAACAGUUACGACCCGCUAUAACAGCUUCAGAAAACAUCCGAAUCAUCUGUUCGAUUACAGUUGCACUGUUAGUUAUACUGGCAGAUGCAGGAUUCCCCAUACUCGAUAGUAUGAAGAGUAUAAUACUUUUCAGGCCGCUUUUGCUACUUUUAGUGACCAAUGUAACAAUUGUGGCUGCACAUUUUCUCCUGCAAAAAGUCAAACACAGGUCAACAGGCGACGCGGGUUUUGCUGAUCAUAUAGGUAUGGCUUUGGAAUGGGGUUUGUUGGUGAAAACGGGUUCGAGUGCUUUGUUUAUGGACUGUAGCGUUUACUCGGUAGUUCUCAUUUGUGGCAUGGGUUUUUUGCAGUUAUUUCUUUGAUCAUCAAGUCAUUGCAGUCAACUUUUGAACCUUGAAUGUUUCUUGUAUUUGUAGACAUACAACUAGUUAAAUCGCGAUUACAAGAAAGAAAGGUGUAUUAAUUCUUUUUUA